GGGUGAGGCUACUUAAAGGCGGAUUAACGCUGGCAAGACAUUAAAUCCAACCUCGCUCCUCCCGGACUCAGCGCGCAGCCCGUCAGCCUGAUGUGAAGAUCGAAAUCAGGAGCGCUUCGUAGCGAUCACAACCUUCACACUUCCAUGACAAGCAAAAGUGUGGCCGCGCGGCUGGAGCGCUCGGCACACACAGCGGGACGCGCUCAGCGCGCAUCCAGAGCGCACGGACAGGCGGACACAGGCGGACACGGCAUCCCGUGACGGCUGCUUUCCUUUUUCUUUCUUUCUUUUUCUUUUUUUUUUUUUCUUUUUCUUUAGCUGUUCGGACGCUCUGGAAACUGACACCAGCGAGAGACAGAAUGCGGCAGGACGGGGAAUAAAGCGCUUUUCUUUUUUGGAUUUUUUAUUGGAGGGGUUUGAACAGAGUGCCGCUGCGCCCUCGUCUUCUCCGGAUGCUCAGAAAUGGGGGAAUGGACUAUACUAGAGAGGCUCCUGGAGGCUGCUGUCCAGCAGCACUCUACUAUGAUCGGAAGGAUCCUACUAACAGUGGUGGUCAUCUUCCGGAUUCUUAUCGUAGCAAUAGUCGGAGAGACUGUCUAUGAUGAUGAGCAAACCAUGUUUGUUUGUAACACCUUACAACCGGGCUGCAACCAGGCAUGUUACGACAAGGCAUUUCCCAUUUCACAUAUUAGGUAUUGGGUUUUUCAAAUCAUCAUGGUGUGCACCCCGAGUCUUUGCUUUAUCACUUACUCAGUGCAUCAGUCGGCAAAGCAGAAGGAGCGGCGCUACUCGACGGUCUAUCUGACACUAGAUAAGGAUCAAGAUUCACUGAAGCGAGAAGAAACCAAAAAGAUAAAGAACACCAUUGUCAAUGGAGUACUUCAGAACACAGAAAACUCCACCAAAGAACCUGAACCGGACUGUUUAGAAGUCAAAGAGAUCCCUAACUCAGCUAUGAGAACUACAAAAUCCAAAAUGAGGCGACAGGAAGGCAUCUCCAGGUUUUACAUCAUUCAAGUGGUUUUCAGAAAUGCACUGGAAAUAGGCUUUCUGGUGGGCCAGUACUUCUUGUACGGAUUCAAUGUGCCGUCGGUCUACGAAUGUGACCGUUACCCCUGCAUCAAAGAUGUUGAGUGCUACGUCUCCAGACCCACAGAAAAAACAGUGUUCUUGGUGUUCAUGUUUGCGGUGAGUGGGUUCUGCGUUGUGCUGAAUCUGGCAGAACUCAAUCACCUGGGCUGGAGGAAAAUUAAAACGGCAGUGCGAGGAGUACAGGCCCGAAGAAAGUCCAUUUACGAAAUCAGAAACAAAGACUUGCCGAGGAUGAGCGUGCCUAAUUUUGGCCGCACUCAGUCCAGUGACUCUGCUUAUGUGUGACUGAGUGGAAAAGAGUGACAAAGCAUGAUGGGACAGCUCAGCACACUGAAGUCAUGUUCUGAGUGGGCAGAUUUGGUUUUAAGAACUUUGCGGCACGCGUGGCCGACACGUAUGCUGACUUGUUCAUUAUUUUACUGAUGCAACUUUUUCAUAACGUUUAUACUCUCGAAGAAACAAAAGUGUUUGCUCUUUGCGUGUUGUUCUGCUGUGCUUGAAGAGAGUUGAUGCAAAAUGACACCAAGAGGUGAACACACGAGAGCUUGACCUUAAAAUGGGCUACCGAAGGUGUUUUAAACACAUUUUUCCAACCACCUUCUGCAGCAUCCAUUAAGGAACAAUAAACAACAAUCCAGAUUUAUAAAUCCUUCCUGUUCCACCUGAAACAAAUCACAUAAUUUAUGUUUUUUGUUUGUUUGUUUGUUUUUUCUGCCUGUGUUGCACCAUUGACCUUAACAUAUGUAACCAUUUCAUUGCUUUAUAGCUGACU